GCAUUUAUUUUUUAGAUUGGUUGGCUACCGCCUCCCCCCCAGUGGGGCGAGAUGGGAUCGCCCUUGCACUUGGGAAAGAGCGUUUUCCAGCACCUUACCUUGACUUUUUCGGCUCCUUCCGGGCGGUUGUGUGGCACUGCCUUCUUCUAAAGCAGCCCUUCCCAAGCAAGAAUGCUGAUUCUCUUGGCUUUCAUCAUCGUCUUCCACAUCAUCUCAGCCGCGCUUUUGUUCAUCUCUACGAUAGACAGUGCCUGGUGGGUCGGAAAUGGGUUCUCGACAGAUGUUUGGCACCUCUGCUUCAAUGGCAGCAAUUGCACCGCACUCGAUGACAGCUUUCCAGACUACCAAGCUAUCCAGGCAGUACAGGCCACCAUGAUUUUGUCAACCAUCCUCUGCUGUGUGGCCUUCUUUGUUUUCGUCCUUCAACUGUUCCGCUUGAAGCAAGGAGAGAGAUUUGUCCUAACAUCUGUUAUUCAGCUCUUGUCAUGCCUGUGCGUUAUGAUUGCAGCAUCUAUUUACACUGACCGGCACGAAGAGCUGCACACGGGCUACUUGUACACCUUUGAUGUGAAGAGCGGCCAGUUCGGCUAUUCCUACAUUGUGGCUUGGGUUGCCUUUGCUUUCACUUUGGUCAGCGGCAUCAUGUACCUCAUAUUAAGGAAGCGCAAAUAAGACACUUUUGCUGCCGCCGCUAGUCAAAUUUCUAUCUUCACAGUACUGAAAAAUCCUAGCAACUGUUUUGUAUAUCAUCAGAAGUGGUUUUGUAGUAAAGUUAUUGUUCCUUUUUUUGGUCUCGUGGUAUGAAACAAGGACUGUGGGAGGAGAAAAGCUGUGGGUGACGUGGAAAACCUGGCCUCCCCAAUCAUGGAUUUAAAAAAGAAACAAACCUUAAACCACAGCCAAUGCUAUUUUUCUCUUGUGCAGCUUUCAGACAAAUGUAAAGUUACUAGGUAUUAACAUAAGGCGGGUGGGCUCCUUUCUACUCUCUAGGAUGAAUAUUUGCAACUGCCAAAGUGGGGUAUACUUAAACCUUAUCCGGCCAUUAGUAAUGUGGAACCAACUGGGUUCUCCUUGGGGAGAUGAGUGAGAUGCUUCUGGCCCCCAAAGUAUUUCUGUGGAUGCAGGUUAGCUUUUAAUUCUUCAAGAGAGAAGGUCCUUCCUAAGAGAGUGACUGGUACAGAGGCCGCUGAUUCGGAGCUACCAUGCUAGGCUUACCUAGCAGGGCCUUGCCGCAGCUCUGGGAGCAUGGAUGCAUAUUGCAUAACCAAUUCAGCAUGUCCUUCAAUGCCUCUCCUGUGCUUGCACAUUAAACCGCUCUAGCUAGAAGCAUCCUAACUUAUCACAGAUAAAAAUGAUAUUCUGUAGAUGCAGAGAGAACACCCUCAGGGGUUCAGAGAGAGCACUAUAUUUUUAAGAUCAAACCAGUUGCUUGGGACUUCUGAGCACAGAUUCUUUUCUUCUCAAACCAUAUGUCCAGAGCUACCUCGAGAAGCACAGAGUUACCCCUGAAGGACUUGCUACCUUAAUCCACACCUGGAGUAUUUUGCAAUAAAGGCAACGAUCUGUAAAACUAAAUUCUAGGCUGAUCUCUACUUUUACCGUUAAAUCUUACCUUGUUAGUUUUCUCUUGCUUUUUGAGGAAAUCAACUUUUAAAAGGCUUUCUGAGGAUGUACAGGGUGUAGGCAGGGGGCUCAUGUACAAAACUGGAAGGGAUCUAGAAGGUCUUCUAGUCCAACCCUCUAACCUGUGCCACAGGAGUGUUGAAUACUCAAUUGCUUUGUAAUGCCGAUAAGAGUCCACUUUGGCCAGAAUGCCCAUUUGCAUUACAAAUGCAUCCCUUCUGUAUUCACAAGGACACACAGGAGAAGUUGAAAGGUGAUUUCAAACCAGGCAGAACUAGAGAUGUGAAGGUCUUGUGGGGGGGGGACCCCCAGAAAAAUGCAGAAAAGAAACAUUUUUAAAAAAGGACUCCCCCCCCCAAGGAAAAAAAUGGAUUAUGAAAUAUUUUAUUUUGGAAUUAUGAACUAAGGAAAAAUGUUCUGGCUUUUACACUCCCAAGCUUCUUGCUUGCUUCUGAUUCCUCCCUCUUCUGUAGCAUGUGAAACUGGUCUAUGUUUAGAAAUAUACCAGAUUUAAAAAUAAAUGAACAUGUGAAAAGGUAGGGAGGCUUGUCUCAGUCCAGGCAAUUCAGUUUUCAUAAGUCAUUCAAACAAUAAAAAUGAAGGAUCAGAAGGAGGAAUAACUGCCGAUAGUGACAGCUCAGAAAAUGAGAAUGGUUAGUCAAAGUUUCAUGAUGAACUGCUUGCCACAGGGUUCGCUGCACUGUUUGUAAGCCAGGUUUUCCCCACUUUUUGAACAUCAAGAGGAGCAGGCAAAAUGUUAAACUGCUUUUGACAGUUUAUAAGGAGCAGGCAAAAGGCUUAUGUUGAAAAUAGAAGAAACUGGCUCACAAAGAUGCUGGAUUCCUUGGAGUUCAGCAGACUGCAGUCCAUUUGUAACAAAAAUUAAACAUUUAAAAGUAAAUAAUUACAUUUGGACUAAUUGUCUGAAUAAACUAAACUUCUAAAUGUAAUAUACAAAACAUGAUCAAUGUUGUAAGCAAAGCAGGUUUUAAGUAAAUGAUCCUAACAACCACCACCAACAUUUAUAUAUCGCUUUUCAACAAAGAUUUCCAAAGCGGUUUACAUAGGGAAAUAAGAAAAUGAUACAUAAAUAAAAUUAUCCUAAAGAUACAAUAUGAUUCCAGACCUGUAAAGAUCUUUAAAAAGUGUUGCACAUAUUUCAAUUUCCCCAAGAUUUCAAAUUUUUUUUUCAAAAACACCGGGGGCGGGACGGACAUCUUUAUGUCAACAUCUUUAUGUCAAGAACAGCAUGCAUGGAUAACAAAACUGACAUGCCAUUCUGCCCACUGAAAUGAAAGUGAGUCAAAAGAACCAGACAGUCCAGUCUAGUAACUGCAACUUUUAUUUUUCCCCCAACAAUGCUACUGCCAUUGCUACACCACCAGGAAGAACAGCAGUCCUUUUUACCUUACUAUGGCCAUUUUUUGAUAUAUAUAUAUAUAUUUUAAAUUACAAAGAAAACAGAUUUACAAAUAUGUUUGAUUUCUCAGUGACCAGCCUUUUUUCAGAUUGCUAGCUUAACUCUACUGACUGUGCCUCAACUGUACUGUGUUUAUAUAAACCCACUGUGUAUAUGAAAAUAAAAGUUACAACCACCUGCA